UACCCUCUCAUUAAAAAAGGGGCGAAAGAAUAAAACGUUGUCGCUCCGGUCCGGUGCGAUUGUUUACAUUUUAGCAUUAUACCCAUAUUUCAACACAAUAAAUGGCUUCGACAUUACUUUCACCCAUGGUGGAUUACUAUAACGACGAGGAAGAGCUAGACAGUGUUGAUGAAGAUGACGAUCGCAGCUUCAGAGGCAGAGACUCGGAGGAAGACACGGAAGAUGCCAGCGAAACCGAUUUGGCCAAACAUGAUGAUGGCGACUACGUUGAAAUCAAAGAACAGAUGUAUCAAGAUAAACUGGCAUCCCUGAAACGACAGCUACAGCAACUGCAAGAAGGCACACUGCAGGAGUACCAGAAGAGAAUGAAGAAGCUUGAUCAGCAGUAUAAAGAGAGAUUACGUAACGCUGACCUCUUUCUACAACUUGAGACAGAGCAGGUGGAGAGGAACUACAUUAAGGAGAAAAAAGCAGCGGUGAAGGAGUUUGACGAUAAAAAGGUAGAACUUAAGGAAAAUUUAAUAGCAGAGCUGGAGGAGAAGAAGAAGAUGAUUGAGAACGAGAAAUUGACAAUGGAGUUGACGGGAGAUUCCAUGGAGGUGAAACCCAUUAUGACCCGGAAGCUCAGAAGGCGACCCAAUGACCCGGUUCCUAUUCCAGACAAGCGGAGAAAACCUGUUCCUGCUCAGUUAAACUAUUUACUCAGUGAUGAACAGAUCAUGGAGGAUCUAAGAACGUUAAAUAAGCUUAAGUCCCCGAAAAGACCAGGUUCGGACGUUUUGUCUUUCAGAGCAUCUCCGUCCUCUCCCGAGCACCUUCCAUCCACUCCAGUAGACACUCCGUCCCCACGGUAUGAGGCACGGAUAGAGGAUGGCAAACUGUACUAUGAUAAGAGAUGGUACCAUAAAAGUCAAGCAAUCUAUCUGGAGUCCAAGGAGAACAACAAGAUUAGCUGUGUCAUCAGCUCAGUGGGGACCAAUGAGAUCUGGGUGAGAAAGACGAGCGACAGCACGAAGAUGAGGAUUUAUUUAGGGCAGCUGCAGCGAGGGGCCUUCGUCAUUAGACGCCGAUCGGCGGCAUAGACCUCACGGCCACUUCUUCUUUCUUCCUCUUUUCAUGUCUGUACAUUUUUACGAACGUUUCGGGCUCUUCCUGUAUUUCAGAGUCAUCUGUUGCAUACUGAAGCAUGAUCUGCUCUCCAUCAAAUUUUUGUACAGUACGGACCUUACCAAAUUGUAUCAUGAAAUGUUGUUCUUGCAGAAUGAAUUUUACAUUGUACAUGUAUUGCAGGUCUCCUUCAUAAUCUUUCUCAAGCAACGCUUGAUUUAAAUCUGUUUAAUUUCAAACAGCCCCAAAAGACAGACAGUGGAUGACAAUAGAGAGAACGCCAUGUGAAUCCACCAUUAUAUUAUUAGCGAAGCAUUUGCAAUUGUUGUUUUCGAGAUGUCACACAAUAACCUGUUCUCUCUGUAAAUGUGGGAUUUUGAAUUACUUUGCAACUUUUAAUUUUGUAUCCAGUCAAAUGUGAAAUAAAUUUGGCUCACGCAGUGCAAAACAACA